AUGGACGAUGAUAGUCCUAUAAAAACCCUGAGCUUCCGAAUGCCUGGAAGUAGCUUCCAUGAAGCUCCCUUGCAAUGGAUGGUUAGGGCUAAAGCAGGGCUGAGUCUGAAAACUAAGCUCUCGAUAUUCAAGUCGAUCUUUAUCCCCAUACUUACCUACGGUCAUGAAUUGUGGAUCAUCACUGAAAAACUUCGAACCCGGGUACGAGCUGCUGAAAUGGGCUUUCUUAGACGAGUCGCUGACCUUAUGCGUGGUCCGGAACUACAAGCUGUUGAAAUGGGCUUUCUUAGACGAGUCGCUGGCCUUACGCGUCUCGACAUGGUCCGGAAUAUAUCCGGAAGAACCUUGGAAUACAGCCUUUGCUUCUCCAGAUUGAGAAGUCACAGCUGCGAUGGCUUGGGCUUCUGCUGA